UGCUGCCCUCUAGCGGCGAAUACCGGAACCACGGAAUUAAACUCGUAGCGCCUAUUUUAUGCCACUAGCAACGUUAUCCUAAUGUGUUACACUAUAAUUAUCAGAAGUGUCGGUAUCACGUACGUAUAGUAAAGUCGGACUCUUUGUAAUGUUAUUUAAAAAUAUUUUCGGCGAGCCAUCGUGUUGUAUUCCAGAAACUGUUUAGAAAAUCUGUUGAGUCAUUGUUUUGGUUUUUCCUCUACUUUUUUGAACACCUUAGCUAGCUAGCUAAGUGCUAGUUCUAAAUUCUUCCUGUUGUGUUAGCUAAAUUGUCCCUUAUUAUCUGAGAAGAAAACAAGCUGCGUGUCGUGAGCGGCUACAGACCGCAGCUGGACCUUAUUGUAUUAUUUAUAUAUGUUAUAUAUGGUAUUAUCUCCCAAUGUUAGCCUACUUGAUGCAUUUUUAGUACACCGGAAGUCAUUAGCAAUACUUCCUUGGCAACCUAGCGAGUCCCUGGCAACUACUGGAGCGAACAGGCGGAAUAAUGGCGAAGAUAAUCGGAGCCAAAAAAUCACUUUGGCAACAAGUGUGUGAAGAGUAUGAAGCUGAGCAGCCCAGUCCUCCCAGUGUUGUGUGGACAGACAGCAGCUCAGUGAGCACACAGCUCUCCCAGUACAGCGCCAGUACACACUCCACAGUCUUAAUCGGACUCACCACAGCCGAGGUGUUUGUGGACGAUGAUCCUCUCAGAGACUUUGACCCUCUUUGGCACCCUCCUGGGUUAGGAAAACCUCGUCCUCCAGGCCAGAAGUGCCCGUCAACAGCUGCAACUAGAUCACCUCCACAACUACAUGGAGGUCCUGUCAAACGUUUUUUGGAGAGUAGAGUGUUUCCAGUGUUGUUGCCUGGACUGGAGGCUUUGCUGACAGAAGCCCAGAAACAUGGCUGUUUCGAGAAGAAAAAAACUGCAUUUAACCCAUGCGACUUCCUGACUGAGUGGCUCUACAACCAUAACCCCCGCAGGCGAGAACAGGUUCCAGUGAACUUUCAUGACAUCCCUUUUGUCCAACAUUGGCUCAGCAUGCAUCCCAGGCCUCCCAUCCCUCUGUUUCUACUGCUGAGCAAGGAUCAGGCUGCUCUGCUCAUCCAGGCUUUCUGGAGGGGAUACAAGAUCAGGGCACGCCCAGAUGUGCAGGAGCUGCGCCAGUGGCAGAAAGAACUGAGAGAGAACAGUGACAUUGCCAAAACUGUCGAGCAGUUCUGGGCCCAACGAGAGAGCAGAGUGGGCUCUGCCAUGACAGAUAUUCCAGAAAGCCCCCAGCCCGCCAACGCAGAUGUGUCCAUCCAGGUGGUUCCCCCCACCCCCAGAGCACCGUGGUCCACACCCCCCAGAUGACCCCUGAGGGCAGUGAGUGGCUGACCUCCAGCCUGUGAAGUGUGGAGAAAAUGGCCUCCACACCAUCACCAACUGAUUUCCUGCCUGUAGCUGUGCAUUGUGACAAAUCCCUGACUGCAGCGUCUCCUUUACUAGGAACUCAAAGCCUGAGCUAGUCUAGUGACAACUGAGAUCAUUGGCUCUGUGAACUAUGUUUCUUUUGAUGUUCAAACUCUGUUAGGUAGAUGUCAAACUGACCAAAGUGAUCAGUCAAACAAGCCAUUAAAAACGCCUGUAACCAAUUGGAUAUGGCCAGGCAGGGAUUUAUGGUCUGAGAUUUGUGUCUAAUUAGUUGAUUGCUUUCAUUGCCUUUGAUGGAUCACUUCCCUUCAUGAGUCUCACCCGACAAAUGAACGCCAUAUACAGUAGUACGGUUCACAUAUUAUUAUUAGUCAGGAGUGAAGCCUCCUGUAACCGACUUUAUAUUUCCUUGCAGCACCUCUACUUAAUAGCUCACUGGAAGAUAACCAAAUAGUAUUUCCUUGCCUUGUUAUUUCCUUUUUACUUAUCAAUACAUAUCACUCUACAAAAAAGGUUAUAGCAUUUCCAUUCAAGCCAGGAAGUGAGGCCAGAGUGAAAGGUGAGUCAGCGUGCAGAGCAGCACUUUCUAUCCUUUUUAUCAGGAAAAGGAAAGUACACUGUCAGAGAAACGGAUUUUAAAAAA